AUGAGAAAAGCCCCAUCCGACUGCGCAGCCGACCCUGCAGCCGACCCUGCAUUUACCAAACAUGGGCUAUAUCAACCAAUUCUGUCGAACAAAAUGAGUCCUCUUCAAAUUGCUCUUAUCCUCGGUUCUACUAGACCCAAUCGUAUCAGCCCUCUUGUUGGCAAUUGGGUCAAGACAAUCCUCGAAUCGAGCGGGACUUCGAGCCCACAAUUCUCAAUAUUAACAGUCGAUAUCCAGACGUUCGAUCUACCCGCUUUCAACGAGUCCGUCCAUCCCGCGCUGAUCAACGACCUAUCAAAAUUCACUAGUCAAUCUGCGCGAAACUGGAAUCAUGAAAUUGCAAAGUACGAUGCAUAUAUCAUUAUUUCACCAGAAUAUCAUGCGGCCAUUCCGGGCUCCCUUAAGAAUGCGUUGGACUUCUUGUAUCAUGCCUGGACCGGAAAGCCAGCGAUGAUUGUGACAUAUGGCAUCAUGGGGGGUACCUCUGCCAGCGAGGGACUUCGUGUGAUUCUCGAGAAUGGGUUCAAGAUGAAAGUGUCUUCAUUCGCGCCUAGACUUGAAUUUCCUGGUCGAGAUCCCACGAAGAAUAAUUCAAGCCAGGCGUUGAUCGAAGCUAUGCAAGGAAAGUUGUCUGUUGAGACGAUGAAGUUUUGGGAGGGUAAAAAACAGGAGAUUUUUCAAGGAUUCAAGGAAGUAUUGGAAUUUGUUGCAAAGUAG